AUGUUCGCCGCCGCCACGACCCGACAUCAAUUCACCACCUCCACCGUCGCCCUGAAGACGCCGACCACGCCGGCGCGGGCGACGCGCGCGACGGGAAUCACCGCCGCCGCGCAGACCCUCGAGGGCGUCGUCGUCUCCCAAUCGGGCGCGAAGUCCAAGGUUGUCCUCGUCGAGCGCAAGGUCCCGCACCCGAAGUACAUCAAGCGCGUGAACGCGUCGAAAAAAUUCAUGUUCCACGACGAGAACGAUGGAUGCAAGGUUGGCGAUCGCGUGGAGAUUAGCGCGUGCAGGCCGAUGUCGAGGAAGAAGCGAUUUCAGCUGAACAAGGUGGUGUACGCGUGCAAGACGGACGUCGAUUGCCCGGUGGCUUAA